ACGAGCUAACUAGCUCAACACAGCCAAAAUACUGUGUUUAUAGCAUAGCAACGACAAAACAGCGGUUUGCUUAUUUAAAAUCGAUUUAUUUUGUUAAAAUAUUGAAAUAAUAAAUCGGACAUUUGCCGAAACUGUGGCGAGAGGUGAGGAGAAUGGUGGUCCCUGAUAGUGGAAGUGAUAUUCAGCCAGCGGAUAAUGGUGAUACAGACAAGGUGAUGUCCAAUUCUGAGCCUGAACUCGACCCAAACCUGACCACGGUGGAGCUUGAGGAAGUCCGUAAACUACAGGAUCUAGUGCGGCAGCUGGAGGUUCAGAAUAAAACCCUUCAUAACAGAAGCAGAAAACAAGUGCUUGGAGGCACCAACAAUAGCAACCUUAAAGCAGGAAGUAAUAUUAAUAACCUGCACAAAGUCAUGGACACUUCUCCCAGAGCAGAGGACGCUGGGAACUUGGAACUCUCUGCUCCAGCAGACAGCAGUGGCAGUGAAGACAUGUCUCCACUACCUGACACCUCCAGGGCAGAGGAGCAGGAUGGGUUCUUAAGCUUGCCGUGUUCUUCUGGCUCCAAACAAACACUGGGAUGGUUUGUCACAAGUAACUGUGAUUCCGGCCUGCUGGGAGCAAGUGAAGCAAGUAUGGACCAAUCCGCCCUGGAUGAAGUCGAAGUACUUGACUUGGAGUUAUGUACUAAAGCUGAGGAUGAAGACAGUUGGUUGUAUGUCUCACCAAAAAAGGAGGUUAUGACAGACCAUGGACCUGAAUCACCACUGAAAUGGUGUAGAAAAGUUCUUGAUCACCCCAGUCCAGCAACUGAAGUCGCCUGUCGGACACUCAUCAACCGAUUAGACCAAUCAUCUAGAUGGAAGAAUGUGUACAGUAGCCCAUCUCAGACAUCUGAAGCUGGUGUCUCAGCAUCAUCUUCUGCUGGGUACCUCAAAUCAACUAAUAAAACACUACUAACCUCUGGCAGCUCAGGUUACAUGGGGAUUUAUUCUGCUCUCAGCUCACAGUCCUCUAUUGACAGUGAAUUAAGCUCAGAUGAAUCCAUCUCUAUGGGCUAUAAGCUUCAGGAUCUGACUGAUGUUCAGAUAAUGGCUCGCCUGCAAGAGGAGAGUCUCCGACAGGACUACGCAUCUACCUCUGCCUCACGUCGCAGCUCAUCUGCGUCCCUGCAGUCCCUACGUCGAGGUACCUACAGUGAUCAGGAAUUUGACUCAUACAGUCAGGAAGAUGAGGAGGAUGAAUGCUGCUCUCUGCCGCAGCAUCUACAGCGUUACUCUCCGUCACCCCACAGCUCUCCUCGCUGCCUUUCCCCCAGUACACUGGCUGAGUACAACCGCCUUUCUGCCCCUCGGCCACGCUUGUCCCGCUGUUCCCUUGCUGGCACAGGGGCUAAAAGUGAAGAGGAACUCAGACACAGCAUGCCUAACCUGACCCCACGCACCAGCCUGCGCUCUUUGGAGGCAGUCAGAAACAGCCGCAGCAUGGAGGCUAACUUACAGAGUUCUGGCAACCGCACGUCCUGCCUGCCCCACUCCCCUAAAGGUGCAUCAUCUUCAAGGAUGAGGAGUGAUGGCCAGUCUCCUCUUUAUCUGCGAGCCCCCAUGAAAGCUCUCAGCCCUGUGGGGUCUAUGUCUGCAUUGCGACAGCAUUCCAAAGGGCCACCUAGUGCUCAAGUGGGGCACACCGAAGCAAUGAGGAGGGUUCAGUCUCCUGGUCCCACAAAUGGUGUUGGAUAUUCAGGCUGCAGGACUGCUGUUGUUACCAGGCAAACGCCUGGAAGAGGCAUGACGCCGGCAUCACCUUCUUCCAGAGCUAGACUUCCACAGACUCCUAGAAGUAGAUCACUAGGAAUGACCAAACCAUCUGGCCACCUUACUGAUGAAUCCUGGAAAGAUGGAUGCUACUGAAGCCCUGAGAAUUUUGUCUGUGAAUUUCACAGAGAACUCCAGCGUGGUACCACUGCCUCUGAAGACACGGCAAGGAAAAUCAGCACAGAGGCCCUAAAACAAGAGUGAAGAUGAAUCAAAAGCCUCCAUUCAUAAGACUAAUAAUGAAUAACAAUGGGUCUGUUUCAGAGACUGAAACAUAGAUGGUAGGCUAAUAUUUGCUUGUAACAUACCUUUUUUCAUGUGAAAGAAGUUUGAAAAAGUAUGUAAACUUGAAUAAUGAAAAAAUGUUUACUCCUGUAGUUCAUGUAAUUUUUGUGACAUGUCGAAUUUAAUUCUUAGAUACUGUGGAUAACCUGAUUUUGAUCCUGCAUGUUUUUUUAAACAAAUGAUCUGUUAUUUCUAUGUAGAAAAAAGAGAAUAUUUUAAUUGAUGAAGGACUAGUUGUAUUCUGUAAAGGCAGACAUUUGUCUGUCCGUAUCACCAGGACACAAUGGAGCAAUUCGAAAGGAUAUUUUGUUUAAAAUUGACGUAAGGAGAAGGAAAUAAUUUAUGUUUAUUUACUUUUAUCUUAAUUGAGAUCACAGCAUUGUGCCAAGGUGCAUAUAACUACUGGAACACUGUUUCUUAAAGUGCUUGCAGUUUAUUACACUUUCACUAUGUCUGGGUGUUUGAAUAUGAAUUUUGAAGCCUGUAUAGUCUAGAUUUAAAUGUACCCUAAGGUGGUUAAAUUGGAAAUAUCACAGAGUAUGCAAUGAUAAAGGAGUGCCUCAAAAAACUCAAUAAAUCUAU